AAUACCAACUGCCAUCUCUAUCCGCGCACCUCAGCGAACUUCUGCUUUUCUGGAAUUAUUAUCAAAUAACUCAAAUUGCAAAAUGUUGGGCCGCAGCAGUGUGAUUGCACGCAACUUCUCCCAGUCGAUGGUCCGCUUCAGCGGCCAUGGCGGCGUUCCCGGCGAGAACCUGCCCUUUGGCCUGACCAACAAGUACAGGAUCACCGCCCUGUUCACCGUUGGCUGCAUGUUGGGCUUCGGAGCGCCCUUCCUGAUCGUGAGGCACCAGCUGCUCAAGAAGUAAGGCGGCGGAGAGCAACAGCAACAACAAAUGUAAGAUGUAGCUUUGCCUGCGGAGGCCAUGGCAGUGUGUUACAGCUUAAAUUUAAGUGAAAAGUGGAAACGAAAUAAAGUUACCCCGUAACCGUAGAACCCAAA